GGCGGCCGGGCAGCACCUGAGCGGCGACCCGGGCACGGAGCCGACCGAGUCGGGGCGCCCGGCCCCUGUCGGGGACCAUCGACGGCAGGAGCGCGGGCCGGGCCAUGGCGGGGGUGGAGAGCGCGCCGGCGGCCAGGCCGAGCCUGACCUCCAUCUCGUCGGGGGAGCUGCGCAGCCUGUGGACGUGCGACUGCGAGCUGGCCCUGCUGCCCCUGGCCCAGCUGCUGCGCCUGCAGCCUGGAGCCUUCCAGCUGCGCGGCGACCAGCUGGUGGCCCUCGGCCCCGCGGAGCCCGCGGCCACGCGCGGGGGCUUCAACGUCUUCAGCGACGGCCUCGUGCGCCUCGACGGACAGCUCUACCGCCUCAGCAGCUACAUCAGGAGAUAUGUGGAACUGACCAACUACUGCGCUUAUAAAGACUACCGGGAAACUAUACUGAGCAAACCAAUGCUAUUCUUUAUUAAUGUACAGACCGAAAAGGACUCCUUGAAAGAAAGAACGUAUGCAUUUCUUGUGAACACCAGGCACCCCAAGAUAAGAAGACAGAUAGAGCAGGGGAUGGACAUGGUCAUUUCCUCAGUGAUUGGAGAAAGCUACUGGCUUCAGUUUGAUUUUCAAGAGGCAGUAAAGAAUUUCCUGCCUCCAGGAAACAAGGUGGUUAAUGGAAAAGAUUUGAGCUUUGCGUAUGAAUUCAAAGCUGACGCAUUAUUUGAUUUCUUCUAUUGGUUUGGGCUCAGCAACUCCACUGUAAAAGUGAAUGGAAAAGUUCUGAAUUUGUCAAGUACAAGUCCAGAAAAGAAGGAGACCAUUAAAUUAUUUCUGGAAAAGAUGAGUGAACCUUUAAUCCGAAGGAGCAGUUUCUCUGACCGAAAAUUCAGUGUAACUUCCAGAGGUUCACUAGAUGAAGUUUUUAACUGCAAUCUGGCACCCAGAUCAUCUCUGAUGGAGCCUCUUUUGGCAGAAUUACCAUUUCCAUGUGUUCUGGAAUCUGAAGAGACACCCAACCCAUUUAUCUGAUUGGACAUUUUGCGGCUCCUCCUACACCCCAGGCCUGUGCCAGAACCGAAAGCUGAGGGGAUCCGAGAGAGACGGGAGGCGGGUACCUCUGCUCCUACAGAGACCCCUCCUUUCCAUUUUUGUGGGUGAUGCCUUGGCAGGGCUGAUGCAGCUGUCUUCAGGCUGGGAGGGCUUUGGCCCCAUGGCCUGGGCGGUUCCUCUCUCUUUUGUCUUUCUUUUUUUU